CACACCCACUCUGUGCAGGAUCAGGAUCAGGCUCUCGCCCGCGAGUUGCGCCGGGCUUUCAGUGUCGUACCUUGCUCGCAGACGCUCAGGUCAGAGGCCGACAUGUUCUGGUAUGAUAUACUCUGUCACCCCGUGUGGUUCGUGUCCACGGCGCUGCUGGCGAUCGUUGCGCGCGUCCAGAGGAGAGGACCCUGGGACCCGAGAGCCUGCACCGUGCAGCUGAAGGGGAAGACUGCGAUAGUGACUGGAGCCAACACAGGGAUCGGGAAGUUCAUUGCCCUGGACUUUGCACGACGCGGGGCCCGUGUUAUCCUCGCCUGUCGAAGUGAGGACCGGGGGACGGCGGCGCUUAAAGAAAUCAGGGAGAAAACAGGAAACUCUGACAUCCACUUGCGCCUGGUGGACGUCUCUUCCCUGGACUCUGUCAGGGAAUUUGCUAAGGGGAUUCUUGAGGAGGAGAAAGCUCUCCACAUCCUCGUUAACAAUGCUGCAGUAUCAGGUUUACCCAGGCAGAUAACCAAAGAUGGAUUGGAUAUGUCUUUUGCCACCAAUCACCUGGGACCGUUUCUUCUCACCAACCUGCUGCUGGAACUGAUGAAGCGCUCCGCCCCAUCUCGCAUUGUCACGGUCAGCUCAGUCAACCACAAGAAGGGUCAAGUGGACUUCUCUCACUUUCAUGGCGAGAACCUCACUUAUUUCAUGGAUCAAGUCUACAACCACACUAAGCUGCACAAUAUCAUCUGUACCAAUGAGCUAGCACGCAGGCUACAAGGAACAGGUGUCACUGCAAACUCUGUUCACCCCGGUAUCGUCAUGACAGAAGUGAUGAGACACUAUCCAUUGGUGAUUCGUUGUAUUUUCAACCUCAUUGGAGUUUUCUUUUUCAAGUCUUCAGAGGAGGGCGCUGUCAGCCCAAUCUACUGUGCAGUCGCAGAAGAAACGGAGGGGAUAACUGGGAAGUACUUCGACAGCGACUGCUCCCUGGUUCUUCCCGCCCCUUUGGCUCGAGACGCUGCCCUCGCGGUCAAGGACUUUGAGAUCAGCGAGAGAGUGACCUCAAAGCUCUAAAACAACUAUCAGGCAAAUGGAGGCUUGAUAACAGAAAAGGGGUCAAAUUCCGCCCUCUUAUUGCACUUCUUUAGGGAACAGCGAUGGCAUAAUGUGUCUGUAUUGAAUCAUCGGGUGGAUGUUUCUGAAUACUUUUUCAUAGCUACUAUAGGGACAUGCAAUUGAAUCAUGUCUUGAAUACUUAAAACAUGGCAAAGCUUUCUGCAUUGGUGUGGGUCAAACAGGGUUAAUCACUUAAUACUAAGAAGUAAUUGUCAUAUCGGCAGCUAUGUUGUUUGUUUGAUUUUCAUCCAGGAAAAUGGUGAAUAUGUUUUCUUUUUAGUAAGAAAGCCUUGUGGCUUUCAUUCAGGUGUGUGAAUGAGCUAAAUGAAAGACUUUCCUCAGACAGAUGCUGACACCAUGUGGUCACCUGAAGCUGGCAUGCCGCUUCAGAAAUGACAACAGAAGCUCCAAUAAGUGACACAAUCGCUUCCCUUUAUUGACUUGAUUCAUUAAAACACAAUAAAACAUUUGAGCAUUCA